CCUGAUCAUGAGCUCAGGCGGAGUUGAGCAGACGGACUCGAGCAUAACAUCUCUAGAAUAAAGCGGAGGCAGAGACAGAUGAUUUCUAGGAUCCGCUUCACUUCGUUUGAAGUUAUUUCUGCAACAUUAUUUAAUGAAAAGUUUAAACUCCAUCUGGAGACUCUGACAUAUCUGGAUACGGACCAUUGUUGGUUUCUGUCCUCUGCGGAGACCAGCUCACUGGGGAGAAACGACAGGGCCGAAGAAGGAUCAGACAAAGACUUGUUAUCGAGGGAAUCCUCGUCGGGAAGGGAGAUGUGGAGCAGUUGUUGGUGAUUACAGAGGGGGUUCCUUGUAAUGGAUUCCGGACAAGCAGGACUUAGUGCCCCAUCUCAUUAAAGAGGAAAAGAGGAACUAUGGCCCAGUCAGGAUGGGGAGCAGUUGGUGAUGGACUGGUGGAGAGUGUCACCAGUUUACCAAUGAUGAUGGGUCCUCUGAAGAAUGAGGAUGAUGAUAAAGAAUUUCAGCCUUGGUCAUAUUCAGCCCAUCUUCAUCAAACAAAAACUGAAGGCAACACAGAGGUAGAGGCUCCAACCAACAACCCAUCUAAAUGGAUUAAAUCAGAAACUGAUGCAGAGGACUGUGGAGGACCAGAACUAAACAGUAACCCAGACCCAAACAGUUAUUUACAACAAAAUAGUGAAAGAAAGGCUUCAGACUCUUCUGAGAUGAAACAUGUAUCACAUUUUGGACCUAAAAUGGAAGAUGAUGAUAAAGACUGGAAUGACAACAGGGGACAUGGGUCAGGUGUAAACAGUGAUGUGGAGUGUAAUGCUGCCAAAAAAUCCCUCAGCUGCUCUGAAUGUGGUAAAGAGUUUCACUACCAGAAAUCUUUCCAGAAACACUUAACACACCAUUCAGGAAAAAGGUCUUUGAGCUGUUUGAACAAUAAGAAACAUUUUAAAGUGACAGAAAAUGUAAAUAUCCAGAAAGGAGUCCACACAGAGAAAAAAACAGUUAAAUGUGAUGUUUGUGGUAAAGUCUUUACACUUAAAAAAAAUCUGAGGAUACACAUGAGAAUCCACACAGGAGAGAGACCAUUCAGCUGUGAUGAAUGUGGAAAUAGAUUUAGUCGAAAGAUUAGUUUAAACCGACACAUGAGAAUCCACACAGGAGACAAACCAUUCAGCUGUGAUGAAUGUGGACAUAGAUUUAAUCAAAAGACGAGCUUAGACAAACACAUAAGAGUCCACACAGGAGAGAGACCGUUCAGCUGUGAUGAAUGUGGACAUAGAUUUAGUCUAAAGACACACUUAAACCAACACAUGAGAAUCCACACAGGAGACAGACCAUUCAGCUGUGAUGAAUGUGGACAAAGAUUUAAUCAAAAGACCAAGUUAAACCAACACAUGAGAGUCCACACAGGAGAGAGACCGUUCAGCUGUGAUGAAUGUGGACAAAGAUUUAGUGAAAAGGCAAACUUAAACCGACACAUGAGAAUCCACACAGGACAGAGACCAUUUCCCUGUGAGGUUUGUGGUGAAUUAUUUAGGUGGCGUCUCUCUUUAAAACGACACAUGCAUGUUCACAUAAAGUAGAAGAGGCACAGUUGCAGGAUUUUGUUGCAAAUCUGUAUACGAUGUGUUGUUUACAGUGUAGAAAUGUGCUGAUUAGAAGAACUUAGGGGGGUAUUCCAUGAAAGUUGCUAAUUUAUUUCCUUAAAUUUAAAUAGAUGUUACCACUUGUAGCAAACCAUGUCUUAGGUUAUUUUAGAAACAAUGAAAAUGCCGAUAUAUGAUUCUAUUUUAAUAUCUUAAUAUUAAGUAUUUUGGCACUGUGCUGGAUCUCUGGGUUGCAGAAAUUUUAUGCCAAAUAAAUAAAUAAUUCUAUUAAGGUAA